AUGACAUCGGAACUAAAAAGAAAGAAUAAACAACAACAACAAGAAAGAAAAAGGGGUAUAAUCCUACAGAAGACUUAUGGUAGCGUUCUUUCGGUUGGAUGCCUUGUCUGCUUGUCUGGUCUAGUCUGCCAUGGUGGGGUUCGCAAUGAGGAGCCAGGUGCCACUGUAGAUCGCGUUCGACUCCUAGGACUCACUAUCGGCAAUCGACUGUCUGGCAUUCGGCUCUCGGCAAUCGACGCUCGGCAAUCAGCUCCCAGCUUCAGUGUUCGGCUCCCAGCAUCCGAGUAUCCAGUAAGCAGCUCCUCCAGCAUUCGACAACAGCAGCAAAUGGCCGUCCUUUUGGGUGUUUAG